AUGGAAAGACUCCCGCUAGAGUUGUUGGUGCUCGUCUGCUCAUUCCUGCCUAGGGAGCUUGUACCGCAAUUCCGCCUCGUCGCCCGCAAAUUCGCAGCUGCAGGUACUCAGUAUCUCGUCGCUGGAUUUCGAGUGUACCUAACCGAGAGGCACUUGCGAAGGUUGACUCAAUUCGCAAAAACAAGCUUUGCGCAAGACGUGUGUACACUGGAGUAUGUUGCCACGACCUUCAAAUCGGUACCUGACCACACGGUGGCCCGACAUCGCACCCAUCUACGAAUCAUCGAUGAGCAGGCAGCCAUACAGAACCGACGCGCCGAGUCCAGCUGUUUCCUUCAUGCCCUCGACUGUUUCCCCAGGCUGAAGAACAUCGUGCUGUUCUGUAGCAGCAAGUCAUUCGACUAUUACCAUUGGAAAGAUGAUGAUGCUUUCGAGGGCCUCGCACGGCCUCCCACAUGCAAGGAAUAUCCACUCUCAUGCCUCCAUAUCGACGAGUUAAUCGAGGCCUACAAGGAGCGGGCUAGUAGCCGCCGCUUGGAAAUCCUACUGCGAGUCCUCAGUCACACGGCAAAUGAAAUACAGGGUCUAGCGGUUUUCUCCUUGGACUGGCACUUCUUUCAACGCGACGAUCGAGAACUGACCAGGCUGCUCGCUCCUCUGCAAAAGCUGCAGCACCUAUACCUCGAGAUCGAUAACGACUGGCCCUCGUGGAGGGAUGAUCCAGACGACAGCGACUUGGGCGAUUCGGACUUUAUGGCUUGUCGCUCGUUCAUGCAACAAGGCGUCUUGGCAAGAUGCCUGUCGUCUCUGAAAGAACUUCGGACCCUCAAGGUAUCCUUCACUCGCUGUGACAAGUACGAAUACACAGACACCAUGCGAAGUGCGCGUCUUACCAAAGUCAUGCCCGCAGACCUCACGUGGAGUCAUCUAACACUUUUGUGGCUCGCGCACAUGGAAACGUCCCGGCAGGAACUGACUGGAACUUUACUUCGACACAAGGAUACCCUCCGAGAAACUUGGAUCGAAGGUAUCUGUUUGCGAGCCAGCUGUUGGACGCGACUUCUCCCCGAACUACGAGACUCGCUGAAUCUCACAAAGGCGACAUUCGACGGUGUUAUCACAGGGCAUUACGAGGACGAGGAAGAUGGCAUGUAUCAAGCAAUGCAGUUGUGGAACUUCUGGCAACAACGAGGACUACGACUAGAAGUUGAGCAAUAUGUCAUCAGAGGGGGCGUAGAUUCACCAAGUACUUGCCCUCUCACUUUCGAAAAUGAUCUCUUUACUUGA